GUGAAAUAGGCCUAUGGUGUGGCCCCGUGGGUGGUCUCAGGCGAACGUUGACAGCGUGAUCACGUGAUCAGCGACGACAGCGAUAAUCUGUAUCAUAACUUCCUGGUUAUUGUCAAGCGUUGGUGUGUUUUGAGGAAUCAAGAAAUGCCUAUCUACAGAGUUCCGUGCGGGUGUGAGCCGAGCCGGCGCCCCCGUGUGGUGUAACCGGGCGCUGCGCGGAGAUGUUGUGGUGCUGGGGCAGCACGGCGGACGGGCAGCUGGGCGUCGGCGACGGCGAGAGCUCGGUCCGCGAGCCGCGCGCCUGCCGGGUCUUCAGCGGCCGGGGGCUGCGGGAGGUGGCGUGCGGCCGGCACCACUCCCUGUUCCUGUUGCAUGAUGGGAGCGUGUACACCUGCGGCUCAAACAGCUGUGGGCAGCUGGGCACGGACAAGCCUGGAGGCACCCCAGAGCUGGUGGGGGCUCUGGACGCCCAGAAGAUUUCGGGCGUGGCCUGUGGGCAGGCCCACUCCGUGGCGGUGAACGAGCUGGGCCAGGUGUUCACCUGGGGGGCCGGCGGCGGGGGCCAGCUGGGCCUCGGCACAGCGGAAGAGGCCGUCAGGAUACCCAGGUUGAUUAAAAAGCUGUGCGAACACCGAAUUUCUCAAGUCAUGUGUGGCAACCAACACUGUAUAGCACUUUCUAAAGACGGACAGCUGUUCACGUGGGGUCAGAACUCCAGCGGCCAGCUGGGUUUGGGGAAGGGGCGGCCCUGCUCCCUGUCCCCGCAGCCCCUCAAGUCUCUAUCGGGGAUCCCGCUGGCCCAGAUCACGGCGGGGGGGGACCACAGCUUCGCCCUGUCCCUCUCGGGGGCCGUGUUCGGGUGGGGGAAGAACAGCGCGGGACAGCUGGGCCUCAACGACGAACAGGACCGCGCCGUGCCCUGCCACAUAAAGUUCCUGAGGACGCAGAAAGUCGUUUACAUCAGCUGUGGGGAGGAGCACACGGCUGCCCUGACUAAGGACGGGGGCCUGUUCACGUUCGGGGACGGCUCGCAGGGGCAGCUCGGCCACGACUCCACCAACAACGAGCUGCUGCCGCGCCGGGUCCUGGAGCUGAUGGGGAGCGAGGUGUCCCAGAUCGCCUGCGGCAGACAACACACCCUCGCCUUCGUGCCUUCCUCGGGGCUGGUCUACGCGUUCGGCUGCAACAGCAAAGGGCAGCUGGGCACGGGAACCAAGGGCAACGCCCAGAGCCCACUUCCUGUCACCUACACAGGAAGUCCCCGGCGGUCAGAAAGUCAGAGCGAUGCACGAGGGAGGUCGUGGCCAGACUUGUUCAGGGACGUCGCCAGGCGUGCUUUUCCUUGGAGACGUUCAGCUGAUGCUUUAGACACAGAGAAAUGCACCGUUAGCAGAAUUCAUUGUGGAGGGGACCACAAUUUCCUGUUGUACUGCAGUAAGGAGAGCUCAACAGUCCCCGAAGACUUCCGCAUUAUUAAUUCCACAAAAAGCAUCUCCAUAAUUAAUCAGGAAAAUUUAAAUACCUGGAGGAUGAAGCUCCUAGAGGGCUCAGACUCCGGUAUAACGAAUGACAUCAUCCUGCUCCUUUCAUCAACCGCAUGCUGGAAUGCCAGUUUCCUGGAUCUAAGCGAUGACGGACACUUCAAAACCAACCCCAAAAUCCCUGGGAUCGAUCUGAGGUCUGUCAGGGUCGUUUUUGACACCCUGAUGAAACCGGCGUUUUCGAGACUGCUGGAGCAGGCCACAAAGAGUUUCGAGAGCCUCCUGAUCCCCCAGCUGCCCCCCUCCCCUCCGGACGUGGAGGCCAUGCGGAUCUACCUGAUCCUGUCCGAGUGCCCCGUGCUGCAGGACUCCAAGUACUACAUCACCCUGACCAUCCCCCUGGCCAUGGCCAUCCUGCGGCUGGACACCAACCCCAGCAAGGUCCUCGAUAACUGGUGGUCCCUGAUGGACUGCAGCGUGUUCUCGCGGCUGGUCGAGAUGUACAAGAGCAUCGUGGUGUUCCUGCUGACCAGCGGCAAGGCCGUGCUCAUCCCCGUCUUCGUGGACAGCUACAUCAGCGCCACCCUCAAGCUCCUGGAGAAGCUGCACAAGGUCAAUCAGAAAGCUCAGCACGUGGAGUACAACCGCUUCUACAUUCCCGACAUCAGCAACCUGGUGGACAUCCAGGAGGACUACCUCAAGUGGUUCCUGAGCAAGGCUGAAAUCAAAAUGAGGUCCCCACCAGUGCAGAGCUCAGUGACGCUGUGUGCAUAUCCGUUCAUUCUGAACGCUCAGGCGAAGACGACCAUGCUACAGACCGAUGCUGAGCUACAGAUGCAGAUGGCGGUGAGUGGGGCGAACCUGCACAACGUGUUCAUGCUUCUGACACUGGAACCACUGCUGGCGCGGAACCCUUUCCUGGUUCUGCAUGUCCGGAGGGACCACUUAGUGAGCGACGCACUGCGUGAGCUCACCAUCUACUCCGACAUUGACCUCAAGAAGCCACUCAAGGUGAUAUUCGACGGGGAGGAGGCCGUGGACGCUGGGGGAGUGACCAAGGAGUUCUUCCUCCUGCUCCUGAAGGAGCUGAUGGACCCGGUGUACGGAAUGUUCACCCAGAACACCGACUCCAACCUGCUCUGGUUUUCUGACAAAUGUUUUGUGGAGCACAACUGGUUCCACCUGAUUGGAAUCAUCUGCGGCCUGGCCAUCUACAACUCCACGGUGGUGGACCUGCACUUCCCCCUCGUCCUGUACAAGAAGCUGCUGGACGUGUGCCCGUCCCUGGAGGACCUGAAGGAGCUGUCCCCUACGGAGGGAAGGAGUCUGCAGCAGCUGCUGGAUUACGAAGGCGACGAUGUGGAGGAGACGUUCUGCCUCAACUUCGCUAUUACAAGGGAGUAUUAUGGCCUGACGGAGGUGAAGGAGCUGGUUCCAGGUGGAGAGAACAUCAGUGUACACAAGGGCAACAGGGAGGAGUUUGUGGAGGGCUACCUCAACUACGUGUUCAGUGACUCCGUGAAGGAGCUUUACUCUGCCUUCUCGAGCGGGUUUCUGAAGGUCUGCGGUGGGAAGAUCCUGUCCCUGUUCCAGCCCUCCGAGCUCAUGGCCAUGGUGGUCGGCAAUAACAACUACAACUGGGAGGAAAUGGAGAAGAACGCUGUUUACAAAGGGGAGUACUCUGCAUCUCACCCCACAGUGAAGAUGUUCUGGGAGGUAUUUCAUGAGUUUCCACUUGAAAAGAAGAAACAGUUUUUAUUGUUCCUGACGGGCAGCGACCGCAUUCCCAUCCACGGCAUGGCGAGCUUGCGCAUCAUCAUCCAGUCCACGGCGGCGGAGGAGCACUACCUGCCGGUGGCGCACACCUGCUACAACCUGCUGGACAUGCCGCGCUACCAGACCAAAGACACGCUGCGGCGGCGGCUAACGCAGGCCGUGGAGCAGUACGAGGGCUUCAGCCUGGUGUGAGGGGGGGGGGGGAGGGGGGGCUGAGGGGGGGGGCCUGGGGGGGCGGGGCAGGGAGGGGCCUGGGGGUGGGGGGGCGCUCUCCCGUUCGUCUGCUGUUUACUACCACAAGGGAGUGGGAGGCAGGGGACUACACAAUGUGAAGAUGAUUUAAAGCUUGUUUCUUUUUAAAUCUUUGUAAUAUUUGAAUAAAAAGGUGGUUUUAAUGAAAUAUCAUUUAAAUAUAUAUAUAUAUAUAUAUACGUAAAAUUAUAUGUUCUGUUAGAGGAUCAAACAUUUUCUUUUUCUGGCUCUCUCUCGCUCUCUCUCUCUCCUCUCUCACACUCACUUUGUCUUCUCUCUCUCUCUCUCUCUCUCUCUCUCUCACUCACUCUCUUUGUCUUACCCUCUUUCUCUCUCUCCCCCCCUCUCUCUCUUGCUGUCUCUCUGCCUCUCUCUCUCUCCUUCUUUCUCUCUCUCUCUCUCUGGGUGAGUGACAGUAGGGGAUUCCAGUCUGGGGUUUUUUUUCCCAGAAUCCCCUGACUGCAGUGGAGGGGUGGCCUCCCUCGUUUCCCAGCCGUCCUUCAGGCUGGUUUUAAUGCUGGAUAAUUUGGGGCGCAUGUGCGGCGGUCCUGCUUUUAAGUGACUGUUCAGUUCAGGGUCCUGUCAGGGGAUGAUCGACUCCCAUCCCUGACCCCCUGACCCCCUGACCCCUGACCCCGGGCUCCUGACCCCCGACCCUGGACACUGCGGGGAGGAUGGGUAUUUUUGUGUGGAGCGUGCCGGUGCAUGGCGUUCACACCUGGCGUUCCCCUUGCUUUCUGUUACCAAAUGUAUUCAAAAAGCAGACUGAUUUUUUGAUUUAAGUCCUGCAACAAUAAUUAAGAACAUUGCCUUUGGUGGUGAUUGAGUGUAGUGUGUAUGGUGCUUUACGGAAGGGUAGGUUGCAAGUGUUGCACGCGUGCAUUGCAAGUGAAUCAUUUGAGAGUGAAGGUUGCUUGCACGGAGUCUGUUUGAACAAACUGGCACAAAACAACAUGGAUUAAUUAGCAAAACGUCAAUUAGCAAGAACAAGAUAAAAUUUAUUUUCCUGUUCCUCUCCAGUGCCCUGCUUUUAAGCACAUGGCAGGCUGAAUGUCAGGACAGUGCUGUGGCAAUUACAAAUACACAUGGGCACACUUGGCUGUACUGGCCUUAACCCCUAACUAUGUGAUUAGAAUGUUCUUAACCGAACAUUCUAAUGCUGAUGUCACAAUCACUGCUGGUAGUGGAAAGCAGAGGAGUUCAAGAACACUGACAAAAAAUCCUAAGAAA